ACAAGUUAUGCAAGAAUUUAGCGACGAAACGCCGCCCAUCACGUGUAUGCAGGUUGUCUCACAUUUUCACCACCGAUGCGUGGACUCACAAAAAGGCUCUUUACUCCGGAAGUCUGCAGUGACAUUUGCGUUCAUGACUCCUUUCAAUAAGUUGAGGCAGUAUAAAUGUUUUAUCGCAUGUAUCGGAUAUGGUCUCUGCUUCUCCUGGGAGCAUUCGUGGUGCCAGGGUUGCGACAUGUCAGUGGAAUAGAUAUUUACACUCCGACUGAGGUGGAAGCGGUCAACGGGACAAAUGUGAAACUGACAUGCACCUUCAGCUCCAGCGCACCAGUGUCGCUUCGGUCCAUCACAGUGGCCUGGAACUUCCGUCCCAUGAAUUCAGGAUCAGAUGAGUCGGUGUUUUGGUACCAGGAGGUACCAUACCCUCCCAAUCAAGGGCGUUUUAAAGGCCAUGCGGUGUGGUCGGGAGAUAUUAUGAGACGGGAUGCCUCCAUCACCCUGCAUGAGGUGCGUCCGACCUUUAAUGGCACCUACAUCUGCCAGGUGCGCAACAGUCCAGAUGUGCAUGGUAGUAAUGGAGAGAUCGUCCUCAGAGUCGUAAACAAAGUUUCCCUCUCUGAGAUUGGCAUCCUGGCAGCAGCAGUUGGAGGCGCCUGUGGUGUAAUCCUGAUCGUCCUUGGUAUCUUUGUGGCAGUGAGGUUCUACAGAAGAAAGCACAUGGGAAACGACAUUGAGCUGCAGCCACACCAGUGGAAGGACCCGACUGUAUGGUGAGGGUCAGAGAGCCGGAGCUCAUCUGCUCCUAUUCUUCUUGGGACUGGUGUGGAGUCUGAUUGGCUGUUUAGGUUCACUCUGCUGGAAAAGACUAAUGAAAGUUGGGGGAAGGAAGACAUCUUUUUCUUCCAUGUUUGCUCCUUCAAUGUGAACCUCUCUGAUAUUAGUGUAGUCCAUUUACUUCAGUAUUAGAGACAUGAUGUACCAAUGAUUGUAAUUACUAACUUCAUUUUUUCAGUUUUUAAACUGUAGAGUAGGAGAUGUAAAUAUGGAAGGGAUUUUUCUAACUAAAUGCUGUUCUUAAAACUUAUCAUUAACCUCAAUUCACAGCAGCAGUGCUGACUGCACCAAUUAGGCUGCAUUUUUCUCUAUUUAGUUGCUCUUUUAUCAUAUAAACAUGCAAUGACCACAUUUUUUAAAAUCAUUAGUUAUUUUAUUAUGUGUUUUAUAGAAUUAUGCUUUGACUGAAUUGUCACUAGAAACAUAUAAUUGAUUAUAUCCCUAAAGAGCACAAAGAGCACUUGAUACAUAAUACUGCUGCGGUGAAUUGAGUCAUAUCCUCUCUGUUGCCUGAUACUGAGGGUUUAACUUUCAAAGCUAUGGAAGAUAAGAGCAGAUAAACCUUUUCUGGGCUAAACCUUCCCAUUUCUCUGUGAGCACCAGCUGCAAUAGCAACUGCUGCUUCACAGUAUGUGCCACUUUAAGUUGAGAUAACGGGUGAAGAAUUUUACAAACCCAGAGAUCUUAAACCCACAGACCCAUGAACUAGUUUUGGUGGAGAAAUGUUCAUGCACUGAUGUUUUGGUUAUCUAUACCACGGAUGGAAGCGGUAUAUAAAUUCUCUGUGGUACUCUGGCUGGGUUCAUUUCAAGCUGAGGAUUCUGGGUAUUGUAUUCUUUAAAGUCUCUAUGGACAAUUUGCUAACUUGGGCCUUUUGUUUAUUUGCUGCACUUUCCAAGUGGCCAGAUAUCCAUGAGUAGCUUAUGUCAUUGUUUACGUGUGUGCGUGUGAUUUAAUUUGUUUUGCGGGGGUUGUGUCAGUACACCGGAAGAUGCAGUUCAUCUCAGAGUUGUGACGAAGGAGAAAGAAGCUGAUAGUUAAAACGAUGAAGAAUCUGAACCCAGCAGCGGAGAUGAUCAAGAAGAGGAAGGCAUUGAAGAUGAUGACGACGACAACGAUUUUGGUGAUGAUGAUUAAAUGGACACACUCGAUUGAUGAAUGAGAAUCAUCUUUCCCUUUUAUAAAAUCACCGUAUUUGCUAUUCAUUAACAUGAUUUAAAUGUUUAGAUGACAUGUAAUGUAUUGUACUUUUUUAAGAGUUCAGCGGAUUAUGGUUGCUGAAUUACAUUGAUACAUCACAGUGACUGUAGUACACCAAUUUAGCAUUGCACUCUGGCGCCUGCAUUACCCACAAUACAACUCGACUGGCAUCAGUUCGGUCAGAGAUUCUGAUGUGUUAUGCUAGUGGUGGUUAAUGAGCAGCCUUGAGGGGUCUGGUAGGCUCACUUCUUUCUCACUUCUUUCUAACUCCACAACCCCAGUUUUCACCCCCAAUUAACACAGACUCAAGUGACAUCACUUGCAGAAAUUCAUCAGUCUUCACUCAGCUGCCUCUGGAGUCACAAAAGGCUUUAUACAGCUUUUUUCACAUAUGCAGUAGUACUCCCAAACACCUGUAAACAGACUUUGUUGUGUAAAUCGGUGGACUUCCCGUUAAAUUCUGUGUGUUUUAUGGAUGCGGACUGAUGGAUGUGAGUCUCGUUUGUUGUAUGCAGCCGCUGUAACUUUGCUUCUUUGUGAUAAUUUGACUGGAUUUAUAGCUGCUGCUGGAAAUCUGUUGCCUGAAAUCAAUGUUGUGAAAAUUCAUUCAUUUUCACGUUGAAUAAAUGGACUAUAGAUUUUUAAAGAGAAGAGCAAGUUUAAUUUGGCUCAACACCCCAAUGCAGACGGUGUUUGUCCAACUGUAGUGUUGCCAGAUUAAAUGUUUCUCCUGUUCAGUUUCUAAAAGCAUCAGCUGAGAGUAGACAAAUCAAAUUUUUAAGUAUGAAAGAGCUUUUAACUGUGUCAUAGUGUAACUUUGCAGAGGGGGUUGAAUGCUGCUGGAAAUGAAACAGGAGAAAUUGGUGCUUUCAUUAAAUUUUUGCUUCCAGAAAGUCCACUAUGAGAUUUAUGAGUGAUAAUCAAAGCAAGGUGGCAGUAUUGGCAGCAUUGCACAAGUGAUUUUGUAUUUUGAUUUUGUAUGUAGUGUAAAAUAAGCAGAACUUUACACUUUUUUUAACUCAAGUCCUGAAAUGUCCUAUGUAUCUAUUUAACUCUGGAAUAAAGAACUUUUUUGAAAUUA